UAUACACCUGGCAAGGCGUAUUCCCUCGACUCCAUGCUUUCCCCAGGCCAUUUGGAGCGAGCAGCUGGGGUCAUUUGAUCCUACACAGGCCUCCUGUCUCGAUCUUCAAGUCGUGGCCGUGAAAUGGCUCUGGAAAAUACCACUCAUCCAUCAUCCUUCAAGAGGUAUAAGUAGAAGUUAUGCACUCUAUCCGCCCCAGUAGCAGUGCAAACGCACAUACUCAAACCACACCAGAUAACCAUUCCUUUGCAUUGCUAUUCCCUCUAGGCGUCCUCUAGAACAUAAAGUUUUGACCAUUAACUAUGUCAAUCGACGCCGGAUCCACGAAAGGGUUGGAGGACUUUGUUGUAGCAGACAUCAACGCUGUCAUUUUGAAAAGGCUGCGUGAGGAGCAUCUGUAUCAUUUCAUACGUGCUAGAGAUGAAUUAUACCGACUAGAACGCAGCGAUGAUUCUGAAACCAUCCGCCUCCUACGUCGUCAGUCCCUUCGCAUGUUGGAGAAGACAUGGCGUAAUAUACUAGGGACCCUACGAAGUGAAUUACCCAAGGGAUUGGAUCAACUUCUCAGCAAGCUCCAGCCAGAAUUUCAAGCCAUGGGAGGCUCGCCCAUCCGUGGUAAAACGGCGUCGAACCCACCAUCGCCAUCAACCGAAGUUCCUAGACUCCUUGGAAGAGCACAUGCUCCCGGCCUACAAACCAUUCAGGAGUCGGGCGCAGCCGUGACUGGUGGUCCAGUUUCACCUAGGAAGCGCAAAGAUUCUGCCACAAUUGCUCCUGAAUUUCGCGUCGUUAAAGAUAUUGACGAACUUAGCAUUGCUACGGAAGAAGCCAUGCCAAUUGAUCUGACUAACAAACCUACUCAGAAGAGGCCCCUGGCCCGCGAAGAGGUACAGACUACAUCUCCAAAGAAGAAGGCGAGGCGAGCACCUCAGAUGAAUCUAGGAGCCCUGGGCUCCUCUGUCCACAGACCGAUUAAGACGAAUAUGUUUCUUCACGAGGUAAAACCGCGGGAGUGUAUCUUCAGCUACGGCGACUACGCUGGAUUCUACGUCCUGCGCUGCAACCAGGCUAAAUGCAAGAAGGGGCUGGGCAAGGAGGAAGGCACGAUAUUCACAUCUCAUCCGUUCUCGGACGGACUUGCUCUGGAACAUUUCGCCAAGGAGUGGCAUGGCCUCAGCACAGAGGCCGAUAUAUUUAGCAAAUUCGCUAUUCGAGUUAUCGACGCAGACAGUGAGCGCAACACCGACACUAUCGACAAAGCGGGUGUUCCAACAUCUGAUGGCAAUGUAUCUGGCGUGGAUCAAUUGCCGCCGGGCGCAGCCACCGAUAGAUCUAGACUAAAAGGCAAGGAGCCGGAGCGCCGGUACCCAUCGCGCUCCAGCCCGAAGAUGCCGGCCGCAGAGGCCUCAACGUCGGCAUCGGCGGCGUAUGAGAAAGAGACCUUUGUGCAAUCCUUCUAUCGAGCAGGGGCGCUGGAGUGGGUGGCGGAAGAGGAUAAGGGGACUUCGCCUGCUCUGGGAACUGGGCGUCAAGCAGAUGGGAAAUGAAAUCUCAGCAAUCUCUUGUUUCGCAGAGGGAGGUCGCAUGAGGAGUAAUGGAUAAAGUCGUUACACUGUUUGUAUUGGGGUUUUUGUGUUCACUAUAUUUCGGAAAUUCCUCUACGACAGGACUUGGAUAUCCUCCUUUAGACUUUUCCUUUGUCAUGUCUUUCAAUAGCUGAUUUAAUAUGCUUCGCUCACUAAUUUCAUGCACUUUAUCUGCGCCUAGAAAAAUGGGAACGAUUCACUGUUAAGAUUGUAAUAUUGAGUAUUAUGGC